AUGGCGGCAGAUUCCGGGGAAUCUUCGUUUCCUUUCAUUUCUCGUCGAUCUCCUGUUCUUUCCCUUCGUGGAGCGGUAGCUUCAAGUCAACCACUAGCAACAGACGCAGGAUUAAAAAUUUUACGAGCUGGUGGAAAUGCAGCCGACGCAGCAGUCGCCGUUGCCGCCUGUUUGAAUGUGACGGAACCUUGCAGUACCGGGAUAGGAGGAGAUGCGUUCUGUUUAUUUUAUGACGCGCAAAAAAAGAUUGUCAAAGGAAUCAAUGGGAGUGGACGAGCAUCAUCCAACUUAACAUUAGAUUGCCUGAAAAGAGCAGGUGUCGUAAAGCCUGGUGAUGAUCACUUGCCUUACACAUCUGCCCACUGUAUCACUGUCCCUGGGGCUGCUGCUGCUUGGUGCGAUACAGUGGAACAGUUUGGUAGUGGAGAGUUAUCUUUGAAAAAUAUCUUACAACCAGCAAUUGACUUAGCAAAGGAAGGAUUCCCUGUUCACCCAGUUGCUGCCUAUUUUUGGGAUAAAUGUGGGUCAUGUCUUCAAGUUCCAACAAAUAAACAUGGAUGUGACAUGUUGUUAAAUGGACAUCCUCCCAAAGCAGGUGAUGUCAUGGUGAUGCCACAUUUAGCUGCAACAUUUGAGGACUUGGCUUCAAAAGGGAAAGAUGCUUUCUACAAAGGACGUAUAGCCAAGGCAAUAGUUGAUGUUGUACAAGAGCAUGGUGGAUUGUUAUCCCUUGAAGACUUGCAGCAACAUUACAGCACUUUUGAUGAACCAAUAAAGACUUCUUACCGUGGGAUAAAUGUUUGGGAAAUGCCUCCAAAUGGACAGGGAAUCACUGCACUACUGGCAUUGAACAUACUAGAGGGAUAUGACAUCCAAGGGAUGACCCAUAACUCUAGUGAAUAUCUCCACACCUUAAUUGAAGCUUUGUCGUUAAGUUUUGCGGAUACUCUGUGGUAUAACGCCGACCCAAAUAAAGUCAAAGUACCCGUUAGUGGAUUAUUGUGUAAAGAAUAUGCAGCAAAACGUCGAGCCCUUAUCAAUGCCCAUAGAGCGUUGGGAAGCUAUGAGCGUGGUUCACCAUUCAGUGGCAGUGACACUGUAUAUUUUAGUGUUGUUGACGCUCAGGGUAAUGCCUGCUCCUUUAUCAACAGUAAUUACCAUAGCUUUGGUACGGGCCUGGUUCCUGAGGGUUGCGGAUUCACUCUUCACAAUCGUGGAAGUAAUUUUUCGCUUCGUCCUGAACAUCCAAAUUUCCUAGAGCCAAUGAAGAGGCCAUACCACACCAUCAUACCUGGUAUGAGUACACAUGAGGAGACUGGGGAAUUGUUCGCGUGUUUUGGUGUUAUGGGAGGCUUUAUGCAGCCGCAAGGACAUGUGCAGGUACUGCUUAAUAUGAUCGACUUUGGGAUGGACCCUCAACAAGCUUUGGAUAUGCCGAGAUUUUGUAUCCAGAGUGAAGGCCAAGGCCUUGGGUCCGUUUUCCUUGAGGAAGGCAUUUCCGGAAGAGUCGCCAGUGAACUAAAGGAACUCGGACACAAAGUUGCAUACCCGGUGUGUGGCCAUAACAGGAGUGUUUUUGGACGGGGUCAAAUAAUUACUCGAAAGAAAGCACCUUGCAAAAAUGGACUUAAACGGGAUGUUUAUUGGUCUGGUUCUGAUCCUAGAGCUGACGGUUUAGCACAUGGAUUAUAAAGAAUGGCAAGAACUUAGUCUCUUUGGUAGUGAUUUAAAGCUACAAGCUGUCGGGUCUAAGAAACGACUGUGGAAGGAAAAUUUAAGUAUUGAUGAUUAUAAAUCAUAAUGAUGUUAGUAAACACAUCGUCUUACUUCACUUCCAUAGGUAAUCACGCGUAAUGGAUUAUAUGAUUCGUCCGUUUUGACAAGAGGGAUUCUUAAAUAAAAUUGCGAAGGUCUGAUUUGUAGUAGUGUUUUCUCACUCACACUAAAAUGUAAGGUUAAAAGGUGUUAUAUUCGUAAUGGUCAGGGGAAGCAUUUCGCUGAGUGAAUACUAAACGACCGGUAGUGUGCUUGCAUGAGUGGACCUGAACUUAUCACAGUCAGGUGGGAAUAGAGUUACAUCACUCUGUUUUAUGAACUGCCCCGACACAAAUGCUUGUGGUCACUUAAUUUUCCAAAUGUAAGAAUGACUGGUCACAAAAUUGAUGAAAGGUGCGGGCUAAACAAGGUACUUUGUAUGUUGAAUGUAAGCACGUAGGUCCUAAAAACCUCGCAACACCAUUAGUGAGCUGAUUAAUAUGUGUUUUGUAUCGAGGUAUGAAAUCAGUGAUGUUUUCAAAACAGCAUACAAAUUUAAAACGUGCAUGAUAUGCUUUAUGGCCGCUUAACAGGAGUAUGAACAAUAGAAAAACUCCUAUCGGCACGGAUAAAGGAAGCUUCAGUCGCUUGAUAGGUUUUUUAUUCGCGGGCUGAUUGUAUAAUGAUCGUAAUUUUGCAACUCUGGUAAGUGGGCGCCCUUAGGAGUAGCGCCUAACAUGGAUUCCAUUCUGCGUGGAAACACAUGAACGCAUAAGGAAAAUUAAUAGUUUGGAUGAUUCAAGUAUUUAAAAUGGGCGAAAAGGAGAAUAAUUUAUUUUUUUGAGAAAGUGAAUAUGCAUUUUUUAUGUGUUUUUAUACCAUAUUGCAGAUAAGUGAUUUUCAAAUUUAGUCUUUACUGCAGCUUAUUGGUCGUUAAACACGUACUGAGAGUAAUGCUUGAGGUUAACAUCUCACUAUAAAUAUUUUAAAGUACCAUUUAUAAGAAUUUUAUGAACAAAA